AUGACCUCUUGCCAAGACCUGAGUCAAGAUUUUGAGAAAGAGCUCAUCUGUUCCAUCUGCAAAGAGUAUUUCACAAACCCAAUGUCUACUACAUGUGGCCACAGUUUUUGUAAUAUUUGCCUCAUCAUUAGCUCCCCAGAAACCUCUACCCAUUUCUCCUGUCCAGAAUGCAACAUUGUUUCCUCUCUAAGGGACUUGCGAGCCAAUAUGCGUCUUGGAAAACUGGCAGACAUUGCCAAAAAGCUAAAACCCCAUUGCUUGCAGAACCACGAAGAACAUGAUAAAAGUGAGAUACAGCAGAAAAGGCACAAGCAGUUCUCUGUGAAGGACCAGAGUCAAGACUGUGUGUCCUGUCCACAGUCUGAGGAGUAUGAGUCUCAUACUCUUUAUUGCAAAGAUGAGGUUGCUGAAAACUUCAAGAGGCAAAUCAAAGAAUCUGUGAACAUUAUGUGGAGGAAAGCUGAACAUGUUGUGCUACAGAUUGCUAAUGAGAAGAUUAAAUGGGCUCAGGAUAUGAAAGAAGUUUUAAACAGAAAUGAAUCUGUGCUCCAAAAGGAAAUAGAAACAUUCUCCAUGAAAAUGGCCAUCCACUCUAUUCCUGGAAUUACAGAAAUUCUUUUGAAAUUCAAAGUGGACAUUACUCUGAAUCAUAACACAGCCAGUCCAGGACUCAUUAUAUCUGAGGAUUUAAAGAGUGUGAAAUAUGGAAGUACUCAAGACCAUGUGCCCAACAACCAUGAGAGAUUCAAUGAUUUUGCCCAAGUUCUUGGUACUCAGUCCUUCAUUUCAAGAAGAUGCUAUUGGGAGGUGGAGGUGCCAGGCAACACUGGAUGGUUUGUUGGCAUCUGUAAAGGACUGAGUCUGAAUGGAGAUUUUUUUGUGCUUAUGACCAUAGAAAAUCCUAAUGGCAAACAUCUUUUUGCAAUAGGCCAAAAGCACCGACUUUAUUCCAAAGUCCAUGUGAAAUACUGCCAGAUGGAUUUGUCCCAAUUGAUUUUGGGUUUUUUCCUUGACUAUGAACGUGGAGAGAUAUCAUUUUAUGAUGUCAGAAGAAGAUAUCUAAUUUUCAGUUUCCCAACCUCUUCCUUCUCAGAACCCUUGCAGCCUUUCUUUGGUCUUUCUAAGAAAGUCCUAAAAAAUGAUUGCUCUCUCACAAUCUGCCCCUAA